AUGUUCCAAGAAACACCAAAAGCCAUAGCACCGACGUUAGGCUUCAGGUUAUACUGUUUGCCCCAGAACAAUCCACCUCCCGACGCACUUCCCCAACCACUAGAUCCAGCAAGGGUUAGACUUCCAGGUGAGGAACACGUCUGCGAACCCCCUCGGGGCGCCCUUCAGUGGUCCCCAAGCCUUCACCACAUGGAAAGACGGAAGACUCUCUCAAGAGCCAUACGUGCUGCUCCAUACUAG